AGGUUCGCCAUGCGACAAACAAUCAUUGAAUUCGGCUGAGUCGAUCGAUUCAGUGUUCAAACCUCAGAAUGAUCAAUCCUAAUCAAUCCAGGAUGGAUAUAUUUUAACUGUGAUCAGCGGAUUUGGGCAUUCAUUGAAUCUGGGGGCGCAAAUGGAUGUGAGAGACUGAGAGUCGGAGGGACAUUGGCACAUACAUAUAUUAGACCUUAACAAACAUCCUUCAAUACCAUUCCUUACACGAGAAACCCUUUCCCCUCCAAGUCUACUACAGUACUACACAAUUACUGACACAUUUUCGAGCCUUGCCCAUCUGUUGAUCGCGUAGGUUCAAUAUCGGUGCGCGUCUGAGACGGAAAUGGAUUCAGAAGGAGCCGAUGGCAACUUUCAAUACGUGUCGCAUUCGCCACCACAACACGCGCGAAUGCACAGACUUUUCCUUAUCCAAGAGCUUCUCUAUAUCAUAUGUGAACAUGUGCGGAAUGACCACACCAGCAGUAUUGUCGCAGGAAGAACUCUUGCUUCUCUCGCUAGAACCUCCACGGUCUUCCAUCAUGUGGCCACCAGUGCUUUAUGGUCGCGAUUGGACGGACUCGCUCCAUUACUACGAUCAUUUGAUCUCCAUUUUGCCUCACUGGAUGCCGCGGCAAGGCCACAACCCGCGUUAACGCUUCGGAGGCCACUCCGAAUAGCAGAAUGGGAGAAACUUCGCAGCCUUGCACAUCGUGUAGAGCACUUGUGCGUCCAUGACCCUACUCGGCCACUAGACGUCUCAACCGUUUGCUAUCUUUCCCACCCUCCAACAACGUCACCUUUGUUUCCGAGAUUGAAGUCAAUCCUCUGGAAUGACGAUAGAGCAGAGACCUUCUCGUUCAUUCGCACGCUUUCUGGGCCCACAAUUACUUCCCUGGCAAUACGCAUUUCAAAUGAUAGUCGUACAUGGCGUGUACUCGAGCUUGGCAUAUUGGCUUCGCUGCCCUACCUUUUCCCCAACGUUACAGAAGUGACCCUGCCCACCAACGCUCUUUCCAAUGCCUUUCGCACUAUGUCAGAGGCCCUUUGCGCGUGGAAAAAUCUCGCAGAGAUCAAAUGUGGGGCAAUUGAGCUCACUGCACUUGCGCAUCUAGCCAAACAACCAGCUCUUCGCAAGCUUUCAUUCAAUAUGCUCAACAACCCGGCACUCGGAAUAUCUUUGCCUUCAGGGGCAUUUUCAUGUGUCCGCGAUUUCGAGAUUCACGCAGCGAAUCUGUCUUUCCUAGAAACAUUCAUUAACAGCGUUGAAGGAUCGUCCGCUUCUCUGCACGUGCUCGUGGACACCAACCCGCCAUUUACUAGUAUCACUUCAUUUUUUACUGCUCUCAGGCGGUUCACGAAUACUCAGUUGCAAGAUCUCAGCCUACGAUGGAUGACCCCCGCCAAGUCCUCGGGUAAUGGCAAUAUGCAUGUACUCGCUCAUCCACAGGCCCCACAUGUAGGAACUUAUGUGACACCUCCCAUUAAUAUGAUGGGUCAUCCGUUUCAUGUACAUUUGGGCUUCCAGCAUCCGCUUCCCCCGAAUGGAACUCACGUUUUGCCUUUGGGCGGCGUUUCAACUGUCAUAUCACCUCCUACAAGUCAAACUCUCACUUCGCGCGACUUUAUGCCCCUUGCCUGCUUUGGAAACCUAGGCAGAAUAGACAUCAAUGUCGAUCACAAUAUACACCUGGAUGAUGACAGCCUCGGGUUGCUAGUCUCUGCAUGGCCCCACCUCUAUUCCUUCUCCCUCAAUGACACUGCUGGAUGGCGCGUCAAGUCUGGCAUCACUCAGAUAGGCCUUAUCGCGAUGAUUGAGUGUUGCCCCAAUCUCGAGAAGCUUUGCAUCGCUUUGAACACGGAUGCAUUCAUAGAGGUGCCAUCAGACCGGGAAGGGAUAGAGAACACAGCCAUGCAAACUCUAGGUCUCGCUGAUUCCCUUAUCGAGGCGCGCGCCACCGUAGCAGUCGCAGCGUUUCUCUCCGACAUCUUCCCGAACCUCACCGCCAUCGUCGCAUGGGAUUCGGCGGCAAUGAGUCGGCGCCUCAACGCAGGGAUAUAUGCUGAGCGGUGGAUGCAUGUCUCUGAGCAGGUGCGCGGGAUGAACAGGGUCCGGGCGCAGGAAAGGAGAUGGUGGUAGAGUGACGAUGAUGGCGAAAGUGAGGCAUGUGCUUUAUCUCAGGUUUGACAUGUAGUAUUCCACUUGAACGCGUCGACUGAUAUGCCAGACGAUAUUGUCCUUACGAAAUUCGUGG